AUGAGUCUCACAGAGCACGCACUAAUGGCGUCGUCUCGAGAAGGCGAGGAGCCCAGCCAUUCCUGGGAGGAACUUCUACGGAGAUUGCUGCCGGACGGCGCGCCAUUGCCGGACGAGGACGAGCUCGACUACUCCAUUUCCUUCGAUUACGUCGGCCCCUCCCCAUAUUACAAAAAGCCGCCGAUCAGCAACCCCGCAAUCCCGAAGGCGAGAUUCACAGCUUUCCCCAAACAACCACCGUCGCUAACACCGAGGAACCCCUAUUGGCUCAAAUCCCGCUCAGGCUCCGUCACUGCAAACUCCGACAUCGAACAGUUUAGCACGAGCUCGAUCGAUUUCGACUGCGCCUGCGACGGCGGAGAUUCCGAGCCCACGGACGGCGAUCCUAGCGAUCAGGACGAUUUCACUCCUCCUGAAAUCGAAGUGCGAACCGAACGAUUUAGUCCCAAUUCGAACAGUUUGAAUGCGAAUAGAAAAUGCAACAGAUGUAGAAAAGGGGGCAACGGGCUGCUUUUGAGGGGAAGAAGAGAAGCGUGCAUCGUCUGUGGAGCAGAGUACUGUAAGAAGUGCUUGUUGAAGGCGAUGGGGACGAUGCCUGAGGGCAGAAAGUGUGUCGGUUGUAUUGGGUAUCCAAUCGACGAGGGAAAAAGGGGGAGAUUGGGAAAAGGUUCGAGAUUAUUAGCAAGGCUGUUUGGCAGAUCGGAGAUGAAGCGGAUAAUGAAGGUUGAGAGAGAUUGUACGGCGAAUCAGGUGAGGCCGCAGCAGGUUGUCGUUAAUGGGAGAGAACUUAGACAGGACGAAUUGGAUGCAUUGCUGGGUUGUACGUUGCCUCCUAGGGAUUUGAAGCCCGGGAGAUAUUGGUACGACAAGGAUUCUGGGCUCUGGGGGAAGCUUGCCAAGGUUCAAUGCACUCGUGAUACCCACUUUUGGCUAUAUGAGGAUGGAUCAUAUGAAGAAGAAGGCCAAAAUAAAAUCAAAGGAAAUAUAUGGGAAAAGGCCUCUGUCCGUUUCAUUUCUUCAUUGUUUUCGUUGCCUCUCCCACUUCAAAACGCUCAUACUAUGAAGGAAGAACUGGCAUUAUAUUCUGCUAAAUUAAAUUCUAAGUAUUUGGAGCAACAGAGGGCCCACAAACUGCUGCUUCUAGGAUUACAGAGCUCUGAGGCAAGUACCAUCUUCAAGCAGGCCAAGUUGAUAUACUCAAACAAAUACACCACUAAUGAAUUACAGAGCUUUAAGCUCAUAAUUCAAAGAAAUGUGUACAAAUAUCUCAGUUUUGUACUUGAGGGGAGGGAGCAUUUUGAAGAAGAGGUCCUGACAGGAAAAGAGCCUGCUGACAGGUCUGUGCCAGGAGAAACGGAAUUCGGCGGAAGCAGAAAAUGCAUAUAUUCAGUUAAUCAGAAAAUCAAUGAUUUUUCUGAUUGGUUAUUGAAUAUCAUUUUUACUGGAGAUAUAGACACGUUCUUUCCUUCCACAGCACCUAAACUUUAUGAAAUCUGGGAAAAUCCAGCCAUACAGGAAACCUACAAGAGACUACAGGAGUUACAACUACUCACAGAUAUUGCUAAAUAUUUCUUAGACAAGUACCUUAUUGCUGUUAAAGUGGAACUCACUUAUCCAGCUCAUUGUGAUGUAAGAUUUGCCUACAAACAGGUCCUUGAGAUAUUAAGCGAUGAUUAUGUACCUUCAGAGAAGGAUAUUUUGUUCGCCGAAGGUAUUACACCCAGCAAUGGCCUUGCAUGCCUAGAGUUCUCCUUUGAUGACUUCAGUGUAAUUUCUGAGUUACACAAUCAACAGCAUGAAGACGAACAAUCUGCGUCAAAGUAUCAAUUGGUUUACCUCAGCUCAAAAGUCCUAUAUGAUAGCUGCAAAUUGUUAGAGAUGCUUGAAGGCAUGAACAUUGCAAUCUUCUGUGUUUCAUUAAUGGAGUAUGACCAGAUUUGGAUUCAUCAACAGAAUAAGAUGGUCUCAAGCAGAGAUUUCUUUGAAAACGUUGUCAGACAUUCCAGUUUCGAGAACACGCCAUUUUUGCUGCUCUUGACUAAAUAUGAUCUAUUUCAGGAUAAAAUCAACCAAGUCCCAAUUACUGUCUGUGAGUGGUUUACAGACUUCAACCCCUUGAAAACAAAUAGCAAGAAUAUGUCGAUGGCACAUCGUGCAUUUUACUAUAUUGCCGUAAAAUUCAAGAAGCUGUACACCUCUAUAACAGGCAGAAAGCUUUAUGUUCGCCAAGUACAAGGUCUCGAGCAAACUUCAGUGGAUGAAGCAUUUAGAUACGCACGAGAGAUCAUUGACUGGGAAGAGGUGAAAAAUGAAGAUAUAUAUGCUGUAAGCGAAGAUGAUUCGCUAUCAGGACCAGAAACAAUCUACCAUUCCUUGUGA